AUGCUCCGAGCUGUCACGCGGCAGUCCCAAGCAUUCCGCAUACGACCAGCAGCAUCUGUUGGAGUUCAAAAAGGCCGAUGGGCGUCUUCGGCGCCGGCUUUUAACUGGGAAGAUCCUCUGGCUGCGUCGGAGCUGUAUACGGAGGAGGAAUUGGCGAUUCAGGAUACGGCAAGGCAGUAUUGCCAGGAGCGACUGCAGCCUCGAGUACUCGAGGCCUACCGAAAUGAAGACUACGACCGCAAAAUACUCUUGGAAAUGGGAGAGAUAGGGUUACUAGGAGCUUCCAUCCAGGGCUACGAAUGCGCUGGCGCCAGCACCGUUGCUUCGGGACUCAUCACGAAAGAAGUCGAGCGCGUGGACUCGGGAUAUCGGUCUGGAAUGUCCGUGCAAAGCUCGCUGGCAAUGACCGGUAUCCACGAGUUUGGCACACAGGAACAAAAGGAUCGGUUCUUGCCCCAGCUGGCAAAGGGGAAACUCCUGGGUUGUUUUGGUCUGACGGAACCGAAUCAUGGAUCGGAUCCCGGCUCGAUGGAAACGGUGGCGCGUGAGCACCCGACUAAGAAAGGGUAUUACUCACUGUCUGGGUCAAAAACGUGGAUCACAAACUCGCCUAUUUCGGAUUUGUUUCUGGUGUGGGCGAAGCUCGAGAGUACUGGCAAGAUCAAGGGCUUCUUGAUUGAACGCAGCCAGUGUCCACCAGGUACCUUGGAGACACCGGCCAUCAAGAACAAGACUGCUCUCCGUACAUCCAUCACGGGCAUGAUCCAGAUGGACGACUGCCCCGUGCCAUUUGAGAACAUGCUGCCCGAAGUCCAGGGGUUGGCUGGUCCGUUUACGUGCCUCAACAGUGCCAGACUGGGUAUUUCCUUUGGCGUCACGGGCGCCCUAGAGGAUGCGCUCAGCCGUGCAAGGGAAUACGCAUUAGAGCGGAAACAGUUUAAGGGAAACCCAUUGGCCAAGUAUCAACUCAUUCAGAAAAAGCUGGCCGACGCAGCCACAGAUGCCGCCUACGGCACUCUGGCUGCCACCCAGGUGGCGCGCCUGAAGGAUGCAGGCAAGGCGACGCCAGAGAUGAUUUCGAUGGUCAAACGCCAGAACUGCGACAGAGCAUUGCAUAAUGCUCGUGUACUGCAGGAAGUGUUUGGCGGUAACGCAACCAGUGAUGAGUACCAUAUUGGACGCCACGUAGCCAAUCUAUUCGUCACGCAGACAUACGAAGGCCAAAGCGAUAUCCACUCCCUCAUUCUCGGCCGAGCCAUCACGGGCAUCCAGGCGUUUGUGUAG